CAGGUUUCCGGAGCAGACCUAGAGCUUCACCAAGAAAAUUCAACUGGGAAACCAAGACUGAUAGACUCUCAUUUCUUCAGACAAUAGGCAGAAGCCACAGACCUCGGAUUUUUGCAACACCUGUUUUCCCUUUGGAGGACACUAAAUUCUUUGAGAGGACAAAGGCAGUUCAUUAUGGCAACUGAACUGAAAGAACAGGAAGGAGCCAUUACUGUGAUUUGGUGACAGUUCUUCAAACUACCGUGUCUUAAGGAAAGCUGGAUAAAGAACUUCUGAACUUUUGGGUUCAUUAAGUGAAAAAUCAGCAUGGCUCAGGUAAAAAGCUCUAGCGUCCUCCUUCAAGACCACUCACUGGGAAGCCUGUUUGCAAUGUCACUCUUGAAUUCUGCCUUAGUCAACAGUGUUGACCAUCCCCAGUGAGCCGAGCUCUGUAUUAAGCACCAGGGGGAGAUCUAGAGGAAGGAAAGGAGACAGGCCUCCCUGCCUUCAGGGAGCUUCCAAGUCAAAUGAAGGAGCAGGAAUUUUAUUGAGCUCCUGUUACAUGCGAGGCAUUGUGCUUGGAAUACAAAGAUGAAUAAGAUUGUCCUUGUCCCCAGCAAGUCUUCUGGCUUGUGAAGGCCUAGCGGGUGUGAGUUUGGUUCCCACUGCAGCCAGCAAGAAGAUGAUGCUAAGCCAGAUUGCCAGCAAGCAGGCCGAAAAUGGCGAGCGGGCAGGUAGCCCUGAUGUGCUGAGGUGCUCGAGUCAGGGCCACCGAAAAGACACUGAUAAAUCCCGGAGCCGCAAAGACGAUGACAGCUUGGCUGAGUCCUCUCAUUCAAAAAAGACUGUUAAAAAGGUGGUGGUAGUGGAACAAAAUGGCUCUUUCCAAGUAAAGAUCCCCAAAAAUUUUAUUUGUGAGCACUGCUUUGGAGCUUUUAGGAGCAGUUACCACCUCAAGAGGCACAUCCUGAUCCACACUGGUGAGAAACCAUUUGAGUGUGAUGUAUGUGAUAUGCGUUUCAUCCAGAAGUACCAUCUUGAACGCCACAAGCGUGUGCAUAGUGGUGAGAAGCCUUACCAGUGUGAACGAUGUCAUCAGUGUUUUUCUCGGACAGACCGACUACUCAGACACAAGCGGAUGUGCCAAGGAUGCCAGUCCAAGACGUCUGAUGGGCAGUUUUCUCUAUAGGCACGGGGGCCCACCGAAGAGCACACCCCUCUGCUCUGAUGGCCCUACCACCACUCCCUCUGAACCUGUCCCCUUCCUAGAGGAGUGGCCCCA